GUUUCCGGUUCCUUUGCAUUCUCCGCCCCGGAGUCGCCGGAAGCGGAGGGAGCCGGGCGAACAGGAACGGAAAGACAGUGACAGCUAGAGGAGCAGCUCUCUCUUUUGGUGUCCGUCUGAGAGCCCAUAGUUGUGUGUGAAGCCAUCUAGGUGUACUCUUGUCACUUCUUCCUUCGGUCCCUUUUCCCUGCUAGCCGGUGUCUCCGCCAUGGCUAAGAACACUCUAUCAUCGCGCUUCCGCAAGGUAGACAUCGAUGAGUACGAUGAGAACAAGUUUGUGGACGAUCAGUUGCAGGAGGAGCCGGCAGAGCCACAGGGGCCGGACGAAGGAGAGGUGGACAGUCUAAUCAGACAAGGGGACCUGGUUCGAGCUUUCCAUGCUGCCUUCCGGAAUUCUCCCGUCAACUCCAAAAACCAGUUAGUAAAAGAACGAACCCAGGCAGUUGUACUAAAAGUCCUGACAUCAUUUAAAAGUAAUGAGAUUGAGCAAGCUGUGGAAACACUGGAUCGAAAUGGAAUUGACCUGCUUAUGAAAUACAUCUACAAGGGGUUUGAAAAGCCUUCAGAGAACAGCAGCGCUAUAUUGCUACAGUGGCAUGAAAAGGCAUUAGUAAUAGGAGGCCUUGGUUCAAUAGUACGAGUUCUGACCUCACGAAAAACUGUGUAAAAGACUGUAUUAGCUAAAUUCAGAAUGACCUGUUCCGGUGUCCAGCAGAGUGAAGGAAGAGUGGAUGCAGAGGCCAAUCUGUCUGCAGAGUGCUAUAUAUUAAAACUGUUUUGGAAAAUUUAA